GAGAAGCGCGCCAAGACACCAGAUGGGCUGCUUGACGUAGAGGACCGUCGUCUCGAUUGCAAAAGAUGCUGCCGCGCCACCAACACACCCCCACGACGUCGUCGGCGGCCUCGAGCGCGAGCGCAAACACGGAUGCUGCGCGCGAAGUGCGCGGGAUUCUGCACUACUACCUCGACGAGUGCACGCGCGCGCGGGCGGCCGACGAGUGGAAAAAGAUCAAGGAAAAGGGCGCGUUGCAGCUCUUUCAGAAGAAGCGUGUCAAGCGACAACGGGUUGAUGGCACCGAGAGCGACUCGUCCAUGGUAUCGGCGACCUCCAACUGCUCGUCGCUCGGGUCGUCCUCGACCUUGGCGCUCGCACCGCCCGUGUUUACGUACCACGGCGUCACGACCCUCGAGGGCUGCUCGCUCCACGACAUUCAGAGCCUUCUCUGCGUGCGCCAGACGUCGGAUUUCCGAGCGACCAUGAAGCUCUUGCACGGCAACGACUUUGUCGAUGGUGCAAUCCUCUCGUCGUCCCCGAUCGACGCGUCGGUGUUCUCGACUGUCAACUGGUUUGCGCUCAAGUCCUCGACCGUGCUCGCCAAGGACAAGGGGUUUUGCAUGCGGUCGUAUGCGCACAUUGUGGGCCCGCCGAAUGCGGCCGCCCGCACUCUGGUCUGGACGCUGCAGCCGAUGCACCACCCGACGCCGAAUCUGCUCUACCACGUCAACAAGUACAAGCGCAUGUCGUGGGAGCUCGGUCUCGUCGUCGAAGAAGUUGCGCCGCAUUCGCUGCGCGUUUCGUGCCGAUGCCAGUCGAGCGACAAGCGCCUUAUGCCCGCGGGCGCCCGUGUCGUCUGGAACAUGCUCUCGCAGCUGCAGCCAGCGAUUUUGACGCUACAAGCCUCCAAAGUCAAGUCGCUCGUCGCCGAGUCGCAGUGGAUCAAGGACGACGACCGUCCGAGCUGCUUGCAGUGCGAUGCAGAGUUUACUACGUUUCGCCGCCGGCACCACUGCCGGACGUGCGGCGAAGUCGUGUGCGCCGCCUGCUCAUCGAUUCACAUUGUUGCGCUUGCGCGUGGGCCCAUGAAGAUCCGGAUGUGCGCCAAGUGCCUCGAGCGCGACGCCGAGACGCCGCUCGAUGACGCACGCCUCGCUGCGCUCGCCGGUAGGUCGAGCCACAGCUUUCAGUCGACCGCCCGCAGCUCGUCCAUGGACGGGCUCGAGAGCGCCGAGACGUUUAGCCUCCUUCGCAUCGCCGAUGCCCUCGGGCAAAUCGACCCCGAUGCGUAGUCAGCGACGCCUCCUGCAAGCUCCCGUCCUUCGACCAAAUGUACCAUAAGUAGUUUUAACAUACCAAGUAACAUCGCUGUGCUUUUCGGCGACUAACUGUCAAGGGUAGCGACAGCAGUCGUUGGCACCGCCUCGA